AUGUGUGGCGUACACAACUCAACCAAGGGCUGGUUUGCCGGCAGGAACCUCGCCAUCUCCCAGGUGAUGACCAAGUACCUGCUGUGGGUGGAUGAUGACUUCCUCUUCUCGGAGAAUACGAAGUUGGAGCGCAUGGUGGAAGUGCUGGAGAAGACUUCCCUGGAUGUGGUGGGUGGCGUUGUGGGCAAGAACGCCUUUCAGCACAAGCUCAUGGUGGUACCUGGAGGCUCAGACGGAGACUGCUUGUACCGCCAUUCGGGCUCUUACCACAAACUGGACGGCUUCCCCGCCUGUACACUGGUGGACGUGGUGGUGAACUUCUUCCUGGCCCGCACCGAGAACAUGCGGAGAGUCAGCUUCGACCCCCAGUUCAGUCGCAUCGGUCACACAGAGUUUUUUAUCGAUGGUCUGGGAAAGCUCAGAGUGGGGACGUGCAGCGACAUCUCCAUCGACCACGCUCCCAAGAAGGGAAACGCAGCCAAGUACAACCACUUUCGCCACGACAAGGAAGCUCACGGCCGCACGAUCCGUGCUCUGUUCUUCAAGAAUCACCUUAACAUGAAGAAACUGACGCUGUUGAGCAUGCUCGCUGUCGCGACACUGAUGUCUGUCAUCAUCUUCACAAUAUCCGCGCCGAGUGUGUACAAGUACGUGCACCUUGCUACGUUGCCGAGCGUGAAGUCCCUGAAAUUUACCGGGCAGCGGUGGUACGAGCAGUCGUUCCCGAUGAACCUCUCGGACCACACUCAGCUGUUACCUAACGACAUGCAAGUCCACUACCGCCUCAAGCCCAGCGUACAGCGGCUACUGCCCUCUGGUUCGUGCUCCUGUAAGGGCCGGAAGGCCCUGAAGCUCGAGAAAUGGUUCUCGCCCUCCGAAAUGGAGGGCACGCGCCAGAGGAGACAGAAGGAAAUGCAAGAAUUCCUGCACAGGCAGGACACUGUUCUGAAGAAGGUGCUGGUGGCAGAGCCCAACUCGCCACUCUCUUACCCGACUCAGGGGCUGCAGGUGCCACCACUCCAGACCAUCCUCAUACCGGGUGAGAGGCACGGUAUGAGGAUGGUGACGCUGUCCGCGAAGCUGGGGGUGCUGGACACGGUGGCGGAGGUGGGAGAGGUGACGGCAGAGGGGUCAGGCGAGUCGCGCCUCUCCCUGAGCAGCCCCCACCUGGAGAACCUCAACCUACAGUUGCGCACGGUCACGUACACCAACACGGUGUACCAGCCGGGCACCUCCGAGAUGGUGCAGCUGGAGAGCGGGAAACACAGAGCUGAGAUACCGAUCGUUGUAGCACACCAGAGCUUGCCCUGGCUCUAUGACCCGGGUCCUGAUGGUAAUAUCAGCAACCUGGUGACGGUGGUGACCAAGACGUUCUUGCGCUACGACAAGCUGAAGGGGCUUAUCGCCAGCAUCCGGAGAUUCUACCCAGACAUCACCAUCAUCGUGGCGGAUGACUCCGAGGAUGUUGAGAUGCUUCACGAGCCGGGCGUUGAGCAGUUUAUCAUGCCUUUUGGGAAGGGCUGGUUUGCCGGCAGGAACCUCGCCAUCUCUCAGGUGAGCACCAAGUACCUGCUGUGGGUGGAUGACGACUUCCUCUUCUCGGAGAAUACGAAUCUGGAGCGCAUGGUGGAGGUGCUGGAGAAGAAUUCGCUGGAUGUGGUGGGUGGCCUGUUAGUCAAGAACGCCUUUGGGCACGUGCUUAAGGUGGUGCCUGGAGGCUCGGAUGGAGACUGCUUGUACCGCACGUUGGGCUCCUACCGCAAACUGGACGGCUUCCCGACAUGCUCAUUGGUGGACGUGGUGGCAAACUUCUUUGUGGCCCGCACUGAGAACAUUCGCAGGAUCGGCUUUGACCCCCACUUCAAUCGGAUUGGUCACACCGAGUUUUUUAUCGAUGGCCUGGGACAGCUGAGAGUGGGGACGUGUAGCGACAUCUCCAUCGACCACGCCCCCAAGGAUGGAAACACGGGAAAGUACAAAAGAUACCGCCACGCGAAGGAAGCUCGCAGUCGCACGAUCCGAGCCCUCUUCUUCAAGAAUCACCUCGUGUGUUAUAAACUGUAACGCGUAACCCCCGAUGAUGGCCACAAUAAAUUGUGGAACCUUGUAAUGAAUUUGAGGCCUGGUUCAUAGGCGAAUACACGGACUGCAUUAGUAUACUGAAGUAUGCAGCUUAUAGUGCUUGAAAACUAUGCAGACGUUUUAUACACAUAAGUAAAACAAUUACUUUAAAAAACUACGUGUAAAGUUCCUAUUCUGCUCAAACGGUGGCAAACAACUUAUCGACAGAUUACAUUCACAAAUAAUCAAACUUUGUAAUUAAGUAAUGUAUUCAUAUAUUGCUUUUAUUUCAAUCUCAAUGCCUUUAUAAAUUGUAAAACCAUUAUAUGGCUUCAGUU